UUCCGAAUCUGGUCUUCUAUCAUGAAGCUUCUUUUCUGGCUAUGCUGUCUCCCAACCUUGGCUAUCACCAGGUAGGCCAAAUGUGCCGAAAAUAUACUGAUAACACUAGAAAAAGGUUGAACCUCUACUUAGAUGCUGUGGUGUCUCAAGACAGCUUGGCUGCCCUUGACAUCAUUUCACAAGCACAGCACUUGUCUAACGUAGGAGAAAAACUUCUUCAUGGUAUCAAACAGAAACAGGAAGCCUUGGUGUGGGAGCGACCAGAGAUCAGAAUUCUAAACCCAAGUUGCAUUGAUUUGGAAAAAAGGUUGCAGGCAAUAGAAGUACCCUUGCGAGGAAUGGAAGUAGCACUAACUUCUUUCCCUUCAUUUCCUGUUGCCAUGAUUGAUAAAGUGCAGAGAGAUGCUUUCACCGACAUAAAGAGUCUCAUUUGCCACAAGCUGGAGCAACUUGAGCGCAUUUCACCUUUCUACAUGACAAAGAAGAAGGGAAAUUCACUUGACAGGUCCUUUUGGACCCUCAAAACCCUUUGUCAUGAAGAUCUGUUGGUUUUCUUUUUUAUUGAUUGUCUGAAACUCCUCCAAGAAAAUACUGAGGCGAUUGAAGCAUGCAAGCUCGACACAGAGAUUCAAAGUUUCAGUGGUUCACAAAACCAAAGCAAUAUCAGUAUCAAAAGGAGCCGGAGCACUCUAAAUCACAUUUUACCAAGCAAAGUAAGUUUACUUUUUGCUUUCAAGUGCUCUCUUUCACUAGGUCUUGCCGUGCUAUUUGGUUUGAUUUACAAUGAAAAAGAAGCGUAUUGGUCAGGACUUGCAAUUGCAAUAAGUUUUAUCAAAGGAAGACAAGCGACAUUUACACUUGCUAAUGCUCGAGCACAAUCAACAGCAAUGGGAUCAAUUUACGGAGUCUUGUGCUGUUUUAUUUUCCAAAAAUUUGAGGAUCUUAGAUUCUUACCUCUACUUCCUUGGUUAAUAUUCACUAGUUUCUUAAGGCAUAGUAAGAUGUAUGGUCAAGCUGGAGGGAUAUCAGCAGCUCUUGGGGCAUUAGUAAUACUUGGUAGGAAAAAUUAUGGCUCUCCUAUCGAUUUCGCAAUUGCCAGAAUCACAGAGGCUGUAAUUGGAAUGAUCUGUUUAGUCACCAUAGAUAUUCUCUCCGGUCCUGUGAGAGCAGCAACUCUAGCAAAACUAGAACUUUCACAUUGCUUGGGAGCUCUUCAAGAAUGCAUCAGUGAUAUAGUUCUCUUUAACAAUGACCAAAGCAACCUGCAAGCUUCAAUCUUUCCAGCAUCCAAACAGAAACAGGACAAGCUGAAGUCCCAUCUUGAUCAAUUUGAGAAGUUUGUUGUUGAGGCUGAGUUGGAGCCUAAUUUCUGGUUCAUCCCUUUCAAUGGCGCUUGUUAUCGCAAGAUCCUCAGGUCUGUAUCAAAGACAGGGUACCUAUCGCUUAUUAUGUCCAACAAAGUAGAAUCUCUAUCAGUGACACUAAAAAGAUUUGAUGUUGCUUCAGAGAACCUCCAAAGCCACAUCAACUGCAUGAAGAAUGAUCUAGAUCGUUUCAAGGAGAAAGUCUGUUCCUCACUGCAAUGCCUUCAGAAAUUGUCUUCCAAGAAGUCCCUUGCAGUACCUGAGAAGCAUGACAUUGAGUUGGGAAUAUCAGAGAAGGCAAAUGAUUGUAGAGGUUUGGGUACAUGUAAGGAAGAUGUUGAGUCUUCCACUGUAAGUUCCUUUAUUCAACAUUCCAACGAUGUAUUAGAUGGAAUUCGUAGCGGUGAAGGGGAGGAAGAUGAGAAGCUUAAAAGCCAGGUGGUUCUUUGUUUGGGUGGCCUUGGAUUCUGCAUCACUAGUCUGCUGAGGGAAGUACUGGAGAUGGAAACAGAGUUUCAAGAACUAACCAAAUGGGAGAACCCUUCAAGCCAUGUUGUAGUAUAAACUAUAAAGUAACGUAUCUAAUUUUCUUGUAAUUCACCUUUUUCUCUUCGCAUUUCGGAUCUUAUUAAUAAGUUAGUGAAUUUUCCGAGUAUAUGCUAUGCACUUAUGCAGUGUUGGAUUAGCAAAACAAUUAGCCUAUACUCGUGCAAACUUGGAUUAACUUGUCCGAUCUC